AUGGACAGGAAAAGAAAACGCAACGGGAGAUUCAGCUCUACCAAAAGCAAGCAAAAAAGAGUUUCUUUAACGGAGUACGAAAAAAAAUCGAAAACACCGGGAAAAAGUGGUGAAAAAGAGAGGGAUUCGGCUGGUUGGAGAGAUGGGAGAAGAAUAGUAGAAAUAGGGUUUUUAGUAGACCAGUUGACAGAGGGUUGCAGUGAGUGCAAAACAAAAUUAAAUUUGACAAACAUCGUAGAUGAAACGCUUCAAGGUCUGGGGUCAGUUUUGUACAUACUGUGCGAGGAUUGUUGUCAAGUGAAUGCGAUCAAAACCGGCAAGACGCACAGAAGUCCAGGGAAAAAGAGAGUCGGACGUCCAAUAUGGGACAUCAAUACAAAGGCCGCAACAGGUUUGCAACACGUUUUUCUUAUCGUCGGUUUAUAGCAUUCCCCCCCCCCCCUCCCAUGUUUUCCCUCAGUAAGUGUUUGCAUGCAGGAAACCCUUUCAAGGUAAACAUGGUCGCGCGUUCCUGAUACCGUCGCACGCGCUAACUCUUUUUGCGGUCAUUUUGAAAGAAUAUUGUUUCGCUUUUCUCGUGUGCAAUAGGAUCCAUAAACGCUGGGUUUGGAGCCACGGGAAUGAAUGUUUUUCUAACGUCUCUCAACAUUCCACGGCUGUCAAAAAGCGCCUAUAAAAUCCGCGAGGAGGAGGCAAAACAGGGCAUCGAUAAAGUCGCCGCUGAAACAUGUGAAAGAGCUGUAAGGGAAGAAGUGGAGGCUAUUAUGGAUUCCGCAGACCAUACAGAGUAAGUAAAUAUAAAAGUACACGUAUUUUUUUCUAACAUUAACAUUAGGACAACAUGUUAGCAAGGUUCUGUUAUCAAAUGUAAAUUUCAUUUGAAGACAGCCCGCCAGCCAUAAUUUAAUAUAUAGAUUUAGCCAGGGCUAAAAGCGAAGCUCCUAUAUAUUAACUCGAAUUUAUAAUUUAAAUCAAACAAUAAACUUAUUUUCCACAAUUCAGUUAACUUUAGAGCACAUUCAUGUGACUUUUGAGGGAAAGGUUAAGUGAUUUUAGAGAAAAGUAAUUUGCAAACAGUCCAAGAUAAGAGUGAACUUAAUCUUACAUCGAGUUGAUAGCCUUAUAUGUACACCCAAAAAAUAGCAAUCAUCUUCGAUCACAUUUAAGAGCGCGGGCUCUUGAUCACAGUAGAUUAGGCCUGGAAAACAAAUUCUUGGAAAACAAAUCAGGCCGAAUUCGUUCGACCAGUUUACUUUACAAAAUCUUGCCAACAAGUCUGGGGACGUGUAACCCAACCUUUUAUACUUUUUAUACAUCACAUCUGAGGUGAAACAGUAACAAGAGGCGCUGUUUUUAUCAUACAGACCUCGAACAGAAUGCAGUAUUUCACAAGUUUGCAAUACAAAUUGCACUCACUCAAUAUUCAGGACGAUCGAAGCACGUGUGGGUUUUAGCGAAACCGUUAAAAAAAUUACCAAAAUCACCUAUACGGCUAGCCGGUUCUCACUUUUGACAAGUGCCAAAAUCGACUGUUUAAGAGUUAUACGCUGCAACAUAAUAAAGAAUUUAUUAGGUUUAUUUUUUAUUUAAUGGUUUUAUAACGAUGUGUAAUCGUCAAAAGCGUUUGAUAAGUGCGGCAUUUUGAGUACUCCAGCAUGCAAGAGAUGUUCAUGAGCGACGGAAAACAAACGGCACAGCGAUAAAAAUUGCAAAAGAGACUACUAACGAUCAAUAAAACGAAAAUAAUUCGGUGAAACAUAUACAGAGACAACAAUUUUCAUUCACAAAGACAAGUAUUAAAGUGUCUCUGAAAAUCCUUGUUUAUGUUUUUCAUUCGGUAAGCCGGCUGCCCGGUGUUUGCUUUUCCAAAGAUGAACUCGAGGCAAGAAAAUCGCUCAAAGCUUUCUUUUACAGCCACAAUUAUAACUAAAUAUUCUUUGGAACGUGUUCUUUCUAUUUGCGGUGAGAAAAUGUCUAAAGGCUUUUUAAAGUUCUAUAAGCUUAUAAUCAAACCUAAUACUCGGUCAGAUCAUUGUCUCAAAUCUUACAAUUAAAAACGUGCAUAAACUAAAUAGCCGCAUAAACUACGCUCGACUUCAUUAAAUUAGAUUUAAAAGACAAACGUCAAAUACAAUAAUUUCUCAGGCUUACCAUUCGAGAUGCACUGAAAACUAUCAAGUAAGGCCAGAAUCGCUUCAGACUUUUCAACCCUCUUACGCAUCAAGCAAGGUGAAACGAAAACGAUGCCAUCCGAAAUCGGAUUUCCGACUUUGACAAGCGACGUAUUUUUCAACCAAAACCCCAGUAAACAAACUAGCCAUGAAUAACAGAAGACUCUUGAUAGCAGCUGAAUUUCAUUUUGUACAUUCAGUGGAAAAAGACAGUUAAAAACAUCACAAGUUGACAGAAAACUCUGUCAACUUCAGCAAAGUAAACAAGUUUCAAGAUGCUGCAUAAAUUUUCCGCAUGAGCUCACCUGUCAAAUUUUGACCAAUCAGAGCAUAACAAUUGGACGUAGAGCGUGACCAACGCGUGACCUUGGUGAGAAAAGUCAAAAGCAACUGGCAUGUCUUCCCUGCCUGUAAAAACUGGCUGAAUUUUAGCUUCCGAGGUCAGUUUGAAAUCAAAAUUUUAAUUGUGCGGCACGUACAAAACACAACAUAUUUCAUAUGAAUUAAAAAAAAAUAAACUUGAGCCUGCGAUCAUUUGAAAACUAGUAACUUGUCAGCGGAUAACUUCAAAAAGAUAUUCGACCUCCAUGGGUCGACACCUGAGCCCACGAUACGGUCAGGUGAUACUGGUCAGCGGAUACUUUGUUUUGACAGCUGUCAAUUGAUCACAGCACUGAUGUGCAAUAUAUGUGUGCAAUAUCAGUCUUCCUGUGCUCCCAAACUGGCUAGAAAGUGUGAGGAUUAAACACUGGUUUCCCUGUGGUGCGGACGGACGGGCGGGCUGAGGGCGGUGUACGGUCACGUGAUUACCAAAUUUUCUGGGAUGGGUAGAUUUACUUACCCAUGGUGCUCCGCAGGCGCGCUUCGCGCGCCAGAGCUCCGCUAAAAAAGUCUGUCAAGUGAGGCCAUCGCCGGGGCGCACGAAAGCGAUGGCAUACUAAAAUACAAAACACUCAAAUAUCUUCGAAAAUUUCGUUUAGAAGAAACCUUUGGCAUACUGAGAACUUGUUUUCAAAAUAAGCUGAAUUAUUGGUCUUCUUCGAUACAGAAACGAAGCAAAAAUAAACACUAGUUUUGAUGCUGGAUGGCAAAAGCGUGGAUCUGGAAGAGCAUACAAUAGUUUAUCAGGUAAGUAAAAUCACGAUUAGAUGGUACACAGAUUCUGUUUAGUAAGGUUUGUUAUCAAAAUCAGGAAAAUAGUUGGAUAAAUACAAACGAAAACAAGCCAAAACAAUAUUAUCGGCUAUUUCACCGAUACCACCGUUUCCUCGGCGGUCCGCAUACCUCUUUGAUGCACUGAGAGUUGUGUUGAUCUGAUGGAAAGGGCAUAUCAAUCAAACGGCAAGAUAUAGCAAGGAAUACAUUUUCAAGUCUUUUUAACAUGCUGAUACCAUACAGAUUAGGUAUUAUGGAAGGCAUAUGUCUGGAACCUUGUAUUAGGUUGUAGGUAUAUGUUAUAUGUUAAUUAUUCAACACACCCACUGUCAUGCAUUAUUACUUCAAGUCUGUAUUAAUUUUAUGUUAGGCCAUUCUACACUGAUUGGUGCAAGGACAGGAAAAGUGCUGAGUUACACUGUUAGAUGUAAAAGUUGUCGAGUCUGUGAAAAUGCAAAGAGAAGGAAAAAACAACCACGGAAACACCAAUGUUCAAGAAACUGGUCUGGUGUGUACAGUUGUCUUGUCUUUAUAUUUAACUACAAUACUUACCAGCUUACAAGAAAAAGGUCUUCCAACUGUUUGUCUUUAUGGGCUUUUUAUCAUUGAAAUCCAGUGACAUUUGUUGCUUGGGGUGGCUUUAAUAAAGAUGUUUAAUUACCUAUCACUUGACUUUGAAGGCCCCACCUAAAUAUAGACUGCCUUAGCCACUAGGUCUUCCCCACUUAAUUUUACUGUUGUCAUUCUUACCAGGUCUACAGGAUACUGUUGGGCAUUUCAUGGAGCUGUUCUUGCAGUGGGUUAUGUAUAGCAGCUAUUGAAAUUAAAAUUCAUUAUUGACAGGACUACAGUAAACAUUAUUUCUGUUGUAGGUUCUUCGAAAUCAAUGGAGCCUUCCAUGGGGGUGGAGCUGACGAAAAAUAUGAGAGGAGAAGUCAAACUACCAGGCAAACAACAGGCGACGGAAUACCACAUUGAAAACAUUAUCAUGGAUGGAGAUACAACUACAAUAUCUCACAUCCAUGAUAAUGUGAGUAAACAAAUUGGCAUCUGGUCAGAUGUAGGGCACGCCAAGAAAGCCUUGUAUGGUCAUCUUGCAAGGCUAUCCGCAACCCACAAGCUGGUGACAAAAACAGUGAAUGAUUAUCUUGUUAAAUGCUUUGGUUACGUUCUAACCCAAAACAAAGGAGAUGCAGAAGGCAUACGCCAGGGCUGCAGGGUGAUUCCAAAGCAUGCUUUUGGUGACCACAGUUUGUGUCAGGAGUCAUGGUGUAAAUAUCUCCAGAAUCCAGAGACAUAUAAACAACAGUCGCUGCCUCAUGGCAAAGACCUAGAAGGGGAUGACCUUAAAUCAGAUCUAGAACAGGUUGAGUGAAACGUUUUAUCAAACAGUACUAUCCUUAUUUUCAAAAGAAACCCUGUUUUCAGAUAGCUACUUGCUUGACUAAAAGAUUUUCAAUAUACUGUGACAUAAUAAAUAUUUCAAUUUAUUAGCCCCUGUGUGCCAGCACUUUAAAGUAAAGUUUUGUUCUUUUGCAGUAGAAACUUGUACAUGGAGACUAAAUACAAUUCUGUUUUUGAAAGUUAACUAUUAAGUGUACAUGACAUAGACUCAGUAUACAAUGUAGUAUGAAAUUUCCUGUCAGAAUAAUAAUAUAUGAUAGCCUCAGCGUUGACUUUAUAUCAUUUACCUCUUGCAGAUUUUUGAGCUCUUUUCCGGUUAUGCAGACAAGCUUGCCCCACUUGGGUCAACCCAGAGCAAUGAGUCAUUUAAUAACUCAGUGUCAGUUCAUGCCCCUAAACGUCUGCACUUUUCUGGUUCUUCUAGUCUGGAAGGGAGGGUAGCAUUUGCCGUAGCAACCAAAAACAGUGGAAAAUCAACAGUAUGUAAGGUACAAUAUUCCAUUUAAACCAAACAUGUGAUUUACAGUACCCUUUAGCUGACUGCUAUUGUUGUGUCAUGUAAUAUCUCUUGUGCCCAUGAUAUUAAUUAUUAUUGUAAAAGCACCAAAGAGAUAUGCAGAUAAACUUGCACUUGUAAUUUCAACAUUGAACAAACAAUGCAAAUAACAUAACUAGGUCUAACUAACUCAUUAAAAGUAUUAUAAAGUGGGACAUUGGAAAAUUAACAAUGAAGUUAAACUAUGAAACAAAAACAGAUUAAAACCAUAAUAAUUAUUAUUGUGAUGAAAGGACAUACUCUACAUUAAAGAAUGGUAUGCUGAAUAAUUUAACAUGCAUUGAUUAUUAUGUGCAUUUAUAGAUCAAUGAAGCCAACAAUCUUUCCCCUGGAAAAUUCACUUUGUGUUUUAACAACAAUCGGGACAGAAAGUACAAAAAAAGAAAAAGAAGAGAGGCAAGCAUUUUACACAAGAGGAGAAGAAUAGAGAGAAAGAAGGGUCAAACUUCCGAUGUACAGCAGCAAGAAAUACUGGAGGGAUUAAGCUAUCAAAGUGGUAUCCAGUUCAGCUCUAACCAACCAGAAUUAACAGUAAUAACCACCCCUUUGCACCGACCAGCACCGAUUCCUAUAAGUACAGCGGACAUUACAAAAUCAGAAGUAGUUGUCUUUGACCUUGAAACAUCUAAUUUAGGUAACAGGUCCUCCAGCAUUUGAUCCUCUUAAUCAAAAAAAUGGUAUGCACGUGGAAUUCUCUUUAACUGGCCAAAAGACAACAGAAAGGAUACCCUAAAAUAAUACAUUAUAUUAAUGAAGGUUACUGUCUCCAAAAUACUACAAAUUACCAAAAGAAAAAGAACACUGGUGCUAUCUUGGAUCAAAGAAAUUCUGUUGUUGUUUGUGUAUACACAAGGUGUCUCUUUAGAGGAAAAAUAUAAUUUUGCAUUAUUUUCAUUUUUCAUAAGCCUUAUAAGAUUAUUUCAUUGAUGGAAAUCCUAUAUACUGUGGUCAUGUCAAAUAAGGCUACAUCGUUAGAUACAGAGCCACCCAGAAAAUAUUAUCAUUCAAUAGUUCUUCAGAUGACAUUUAAUUCAGUUAUUUUUUGUAGGUCUGAAAAAUGCUGAGAUUUGUCAACUGUCUGCAGUGCAAUUUUCAGGAGAUGAAAGAAGUUUCGACCGAUACGCAUUACCACUGUAUGGAAUAUCGCCACAAGCUUCACAAGCAAACAAAUUAACUGUUGUAGCUGGACAGCUUCUGUACAAGUCAACGCCUGUGCAAACCUUAAACAUAACAGAAUGCUUGAAGGAAUUUAUUGAUUUCCUUAAGGCGUCAAAGAGCAGAGUGGUAUUAGCAGCCCACAAUGGAAGAGUGUUUGACUCUAGAAUUUUAGUAAAGGCAUUGUUUAAAGAGAAUUUGUUGGAUUCGUUUCAGUCAGUUGUAAUGGGAUUUGUUGACACACUACCAUUAUUCAAGAAGUUAUUGCCAGGCAGGCAGUCUUACAAACAGGAGAGUCUGGUGAAGGACUGCUUGAACAAAAGUUAUGACUUCCAUAACAGCCUUGAGGAUGUGAAAUCUCUUAGGGAUCUACUUCUUUAUCACAAUCCUUCAUGUUCCUCUCUUUCAGUGCACAGCUUUACAGUGGGCUUUGUCAGUCAAUCUCUUGAGCAUUAUGAAAGGGAAACUGUUAAUUUACCAUCUUUUAAAUCCCUGGUUGCAGAUAAGAUUUUGACAAAUGCAAUGGCCAAACGAAUUGCAGGUUCAGGUUUGAAUCUCCAUCAAAUACGACUUAUUCAUGCAAGGGGAGGAUAUGAUGGUCUUCACAGUGUUCUUAGUUCAAAGAGCAGCAAUGGAAGAUCCGUGGUAACAGCUUCCAAGAAAGUCUUGCGAACUCUGUUCAACUACCUGGAAAAGAAAUAA